CGCGUGCUGACGUCGGUGCGGGGCGGGUCCGGGGGCGGGUCGCGGGCGGCCAGCCCGGCGCCCGCGCGCGCCGCCACGGCCGCCUCGUCGUCGCCCUCGCCCACGCCCACGCCCACGCCCACGUCCACGCCCGCCCCGGGCGCGGCCGCCGGCGCCGCAGCGGCGCCCCGCUGCCACGACGACAGCGACCCCGAGUACGACUCGGUGCCCGUGUCCGACGUCACCGCCCCCGGCCUGGCGCCCGCGCAGGACGACGACGACGAGAGCAGCAGCGAGGUCGGCGCGUCGUCGUCGGACGAGGAGGUGGAGGAGGAGGAGGGCGAGGCGGCGCGCCAGGGCGAGCGCGAGCAGGGCGGAGGGCGGCGAGGGCGGCUGAGGGCGAGGAGGGCGGCGGGCCGCGGGCCGUGGGCGGGCGCGGGGCGCUGGUGGUCCCCGCGUCGCUGCUGCGCGCCCCGCCUCGCCGAAGCUGCGCCAGCUUUGCGCUGCGGCGCCGCGCCG